UGAAGCAUACCCAUCUGGGUACAAUUCUUAUAUCCAUGUUGGGUUUUAGUAACUCUUGAAAAGUGUGUUCAUUUCUGUACUCAGAAGCAGUUAGAGAGUGGUCUAUUCAAGAACGCAGAGAUAGUAACUUUGUGCUCAAAAUUUAAAGCUCAUUCAAUAACACAGUAGAUAUUUUUUCUUCUGAAUAUUAUCAAACACUUGCAAAAACUUGAUCAUUUUCUCUCUCUUUGAUAACAAAGAUGGGUGAGAACACUGCUUCAAAGAACCAGAAUCAUCAUGCUCACCACCACCAAGUUUUCGACGUCUCGGUCGAUAAGGUGCCUCUUCAGGCUGCCUCCAAAUGGUACGAUGACGAUGGCCGUCUCAAAAGAACAGGGACCAUUUGGACUGCAAGUGCACACAUAAUCACAGCUGUGAUUGGGUCUGGAGUUCUGUCCUUAGCUUGGGCCACUGCUCAGCUUGGAUGGAUUGCUGGUCCAACUGUCUUGUUCUUGUUCUCCUUCGUAACUUACUACACUUCUACUCUUCUUUCCGCAUGUUACCGCACCGGCGACCCGAACACUGGAAAGAGAAACUACACUUACAUGGAGGCUGUUCAAUCCAACCUCGGUGGUGUUAAGGUCAAAAUAUGUGGGAUGAUUCAGUACUUCAAUCUUGUUGGAGUUGCUAUUGGAUACACUAUUGCAGCAUCUAUAAGCAUGAUGGCAAUCAAAAGGUCUAACUGCUUCCAUGAGAGUGGAGGGAAAGAUCCUUGCAAAAUAUCAAGCAACCCUUACAUGAUCAUGUUUGGCGUCGUGGAAAUUGUUUUCUCUCAGAUUCCAGACUUUGAUCAGAUAUCAUGGCUUUCAAUGGUUGCUGCAGUCAUGUCCUUUACUUACUCUACAAUUGGCCUUGGCCUUGGAAUUUCCAAAGUUGCAGAAACUGGGAAAUUCAGGGGAAGUCUAACUGGAAUAAGCAUUGGCACUGUGACUCAAGCUCAAAAAAUAUGGAGGAGCUUCCAAGCACUAGGGGCCAUAGCUUUUGCCUAUUCUUACUCUCUUAUCCUCAUUGAAAUUCAGGACACAAUCAAAUCCCCACCACCAUCAGAAGCCAAGACAAUGGAGAAGGCUACUCUCAUAAGUGUUUCAGUAACAACCAUUUUCUACAUGCUGUGUGGCUGCUUUGGCUAUGCAGCUUUCGGAGACAUGGCUCCUGGAAACCUCCUAACCGGCUUUGGGUUCUACAACCCCUAUUGGCUUCUUGACAUUGCAAAUGCAGCCAUAGUGAUCCACCUUAUUGGUGCAUACCAAGUUUACUGCCAACCCCUUUACGCCUUCGUCGAAAAAACAGCAGCAGAUUGGUUUCCACAAAGUCCACUAAUCGCCAAAGAAAUCGAAAUCCCAAUCCCUGGCUUCAAGCCAUACAAACUCAAUAUUUUCCGGUUGGUUUGGCGAACAUUAUUCGUGAUCAUCACAACAAUUGUAUCAAUGCUAAUGCCAUUCUUCAACGAUAUCGUUGGCAUCCUCGGGGCGUUCGGAUUCUGGCCUCUCACCGUCUAUUUUCCUGUGGAGAUGUACAUAGUUCAGAAGCAGAUACCAAAAUGGAGCACAAGAUGGCUGUGCCUACAAAUCCUAAGUGUUGCUUGCCUCAUCAUUUCUAUUGCAGCAGCUGCUGGUUCAUUUGCUGGGGUUGUUAGUGAUCUCAAGGUUUACAAGCCUUUCAAGACCAGUUACUAAUUAAAUUACAGUUUCACCCACGUACAGAAAAGAUUUACGAGACAAAAGGGAGGAAAAGUGAAAAUUGGAACUGUAAUUCUUGCUCAUGUUCAUAAGAAGCAUAAAAGAGUGAUGCAGCAAUUGUCACUCUUUAGUUUAAUGUUGGUUUUUACUGCUGCUUAUGGAAAUGUAAGGUCCAUUGUAUGUAUCAAUUUGGAAUUCAAAUAUGAAACUUUGUCCCAACCAUGUGACUUCAUCUGUUUUUCCAAUUGAACUAAGG